GCAAGAAAAUAUCAGUUUUGCGAGGGGCCCCGCCCCACGGGAUGGUGGGGAAACUUGGACUCCUCAGGGCCAUCGUCACCUUCACGAGGAAUAAAACAUCUGCCAUUUAUUUCUGCACAAUGCAAGGGCAUGGCGGUCGGUAUGCGUACUCCGCCCUGGACGACGACGGCGGGUCCGGGGCUGGGGAGCGGGCUGACCGCAUGGAGUUGGACCGACACGGACCAGUAGGCACAACCCGCGAGACCGCAGCGCAUGCAGCCAAGACCUACACCAAGACCCGACAACGCUACACUAUGAUCGACCACCUGCGCGAGAUUGGGUCCCGCAUCGACAAGAACUGGUUCAGCGUGCGGGACACGAUCGUCAAGACCGAGCGCCUGAUGACCCUACAGCCCCACGACCCCAUCGCCCCCGUCCCCAUCCUGCCUGGCACGAGGGAGGCGCUCAUCGAACUUUUCCAGGCACUGCAGCAUCCCUACAUCUACCCUGUACUAGACCUGGACUUCGCGACAGUGUCGUCCCACUCCUACAUCGUCAUCAUCCAACCCACCAACCCCAAAGGAACCCUGAAGGAUCUCAUUUAUAGGAGCCACUGGCAGCAGGACUGGGCAGAAAAAUACCAUCAAAGAGCUAGCGGGCUACCACUGAAGCAGGUGCAACGUUUGGGGAGACAAAUCCUCGAGGCUUUGCUCUUCUUGCAGGACAGAGGUUUUCCCCCCUGUGGCCACAUCCACAGUGGCAACAUCGUACUGCAGAACGGCGUUGCCAGAUUAUCCGGCUUGGAGAAUACCUUGUUCGGUUUCACGUCACGGAUCUUCCCAAUAAUCAAAAAACGGCUUAGAGAAAACCGAGACGCCAUUGAUUCGCUCUGUUUCGGUCACGUAUUGUUCGAGAUGUGCGCAGGCUACGAGCUCUCCACGGCUCAUCCUUCCGCUCGACAUCUGGAAGACAUCCAGGCUUACCAGCCAGUCAUCAAAGUGUUGGACUACAUCUUCGGGUGCGGUGAGAACUACCCAAGCAUCGAAGACAUCCUCUGUUGCGACUUCUUCAGAAACCUCGACCUCAGAGAGAUGAAGGCCAUGCCUUUGCCUUUUCAGCUUAACUACUCGCCGGCGGUACGUCAAAUCCUGAAGGAAGUACGUCGCCAUCAGAAACAAAGAGGACGUGGCCGGCGCACUCCCGCAGAGGGUGACAUUGGGGCCAUGGACCCACUAAGCAACGGGGGGUCCACACCCACGAACAGCAGUGAGGCUUCCACAGGGGGUGCACCCACUGAGGAGCUGCCUCCCCACCCUCUCCCCAACUCAACCCAUCCUUCCCCUCACGCUUCCCCUCACCCAGCCAUGGCCCACCUCCCCCCAAACCUCGUAGCCCCUCAUAUGGGUGCACCUAACCCCUUGCAACCAUACUCGGCACCACAGCUGUUAAGCCAGCACCAUCUAAGCCAACAACAUAUAAACCACCAUCAUUCAAGCCAACAACAUCUAAACCAGCCUCACCUAAGCCAGGGACAUCUAAACCAGCCUCACCUGAGCCAGGGACAUCUAAACCAGCCCCACCUAAACCAGCCUCAUCUAAACCAAGCACAUUUCGACCCAAACGCCUUCCCGCUGCAGCCUGAGCUACCGACUGCCAUGUACGCAGCUUCCGUCGACAUGUCUUCUUCUCAAGAUCCUGCGCGUUCGCACCAGACGCCUGGUGCUUCUCUGCACCACAGUGCACGCUUUGCACCGGCGCACCAGCACGCAAGUCGACUCUUAGCACCCAACGGAAGCACCAACAGCACCAGCACCACGAGGCAGGCAACUUCACCAAGUCCUCCACCGGGAAGUGAAAUCUACCACACUCCCCCACACUCUCCCCCUACUCCUUCCCACCUUUACCAAAAUGCUGAAAGUGACAUUAGACCAAUUUACCACUCAGCGACUUCCCCGGAAAUUGCAAAAUCUCUUUCUGUCCCUAAGAUAACAACUUCCCGAUACCCCAGCAAAUAUUCCUCGAGCAACCUUAACAGCCUCGCCAGAUCGGCAUCAGCUGCUAACGAUCCUUUAAAUAUUAAUCUUUUAUCCCCCACACCUCGACCGUACAAUUCAUCUAAUCUUGAACCUGAAAGAUUGAACUCCUCCGAGUCCAUCCAUCCCAGUACUAGAAGCUUUUCGAAAUUUUCCAGCAACAAAUCUUACAAUAGUUCUUCCCAUUGCUUAACAGACAUGAAAGAUUCCUCGUCAGUUUCUCUCGUAAAUUUUGCUUCUGCCAGCAACAACAAUAAAACUUCCCCCGAUAUACAGUACAGCAAUAGUAGCUUUAUUACCUCAAACUCGACUUCGUCAGCAAAAAGCCCUUCUCCUUUACUGACGUCAGCGGUGGGGGCUUGGAGCGGCAGCACCGGUAGACCAAACACCGGUUACCGUUGAAGACGAUUGAACAUCAUUCGUAUCACCGUCUGCACCUACUUUACAUGGCUUCUCGCUUCCGCUCGCAAUUCCUCGAGAACUGCGAACUGCUCCUUGGUUCUGAUAUCGUUUUCAUAUGCUGCAAGAUAUCCCAAAUAUCAUAUGAUGUGCUCUACAUGAAUAAGACGCGUUACGUUUCACUUAUUGCUUAAGAAUUGCAGGAUUCUUCUUCAGUUCUCAAAUCAAGUCCCGUUCUUCAUGGCAUCCCAAAAAUCCCUGAUCUCUCCAAGAAUGAGACAUGCUUCAAACUUCACUUAUUGCUUGGGCAAAAUAAUACAAUCAAUCAGUCGACAUUGUGGCCAGCUGCUUCAGGAUACCCCAAGAAUCCUGGUUUUUCACUUCACUUACUGAUAGAUAAAUGCAAUAUAAUUCCAAAAUGCAAAUGAACUUACGUCUGACAAACUUACGUCUUACGCUUCGUUUGUCAAAAUUGCAGCAGUGACCAUUUUGAUCAUUUCAUGUCCAGUGUUAUUCUAAAUGAUGAAC